AUGAAUGGGCCUAAGCCCAAUCUUCUUUUGUUGGCAAAAACUCGGUGUGAAGAUGCAGCCAGGUUUCAACAGCUUCUUGCUCUUGGCUUUGACUCCAUGGAAAUUGUCCCUAGCGUUGAUUGUUCGGGAGGACUGAUUGCUACUUGGAAGAGCCAAUUGAUGAACAUUGUGGUACUGAGGAAAGAUCGACAAUUCUUACACUUGAGGUGUUCUGCGGAGGGGCAACCAGACUUCUUAUGUACAGUAGUGUAUGCCCUUCCACACUCUAAUUUUCGGGAUGUGCUCUGGACAAAACUUUGUAAUCUGUCUUCUUCAAUUGUGGAUCCUUGGUUAGUUUGUGGUGAUUUUAACGACAUUCUCUCAAUCAAUGAACAAAUUGGUGGCUCGGGGGUAGGUAUUCUUAAUCGAUGUCGUUGGUUUCAAGAACGGCUGGAAAGAUGCCGUUUGACAGAUCUGGGCUCGACUGGACCAAAAUACACAUGGAGGGGACCAUGCGUGCGUGGGUUUUCUCGUUUAUAUGAAAGAUUAGACAGAGCUCUAGCCAACAAUGCUUAUCUUGGUCAUUUCCCAAAUUGUACGGUACAGGUACUUGCUCGAACUCAAUUCUCUGACCACAAUCCUAUUCUGAUAAAACUUAGUAAUGAAGAGCCUCUGGGUAGGGGUUUAAAACCAUUCAGAUUUGAAGCGACGUGGCUUACUCAUGAAAAUUUCAACAAUUUCCUGAAGGAAAGCUGGAACUUAGAUUACGAUUUAAAUCUCAACCUUGAUGAAUUUAAGAAGUCUGUGCUAGUAUGGAAUAAGGAAGUAUUUGGGUAUGUUGAAAAGAAGAAGAAGGAGUUAUUAGCAAGAUUGAAAGGCAUCCAGAAGUCUAAUGCUUAUCCUUACUCUGCAUUCCUAUCAAAAUUGGAAGGAUCUCUACAACGAGAACUUGAUAAGAUCCUAAAGCUGGAAGAGACUAAAUGGUUUCAGAAAGCUAGAACUGACUGGAUCAAGAAUGGUGAUAGAAAUACACGCUAUUAUCACUUGAAAACCACCAUGUGGAGAAGAAGGAAUAGAGUGGUUACUCUUAAAGAUGAUAGUGGAAGAUGGAUUGAAGAGGAAGAGGAGCUGCUAAAAUGGGUAAUUGAUUAUUUCAAAAGUUUAUUCCAAGAAGACUUGCUUAAGUCUGGAACUCUGAUUACAAAUUCAUCUUUUCCCGAUAUGGAGAGAGCUCGACUUGAAGGGCUUGCUCAAGAACCCUCAGAUGAAGAAUUUAAGAAGGCAAUUUUCUCUAUAAGAGCAUUUAAGGCUCCAGGUUAUGAUGGCUUUUCUCCCAUCUUCUUUCAUGCAAAUUGGAACAUUGUUGGACCUAUAGUUUACAUAUUUGUUAAAGAUUUUUUUAAUGGGAGACUAUCUAUUUCAGAAGCAAACAAGACUCUAAUCUCCCUUAUUCCCAAGCGAGAAAGCCCAGAGAUGGGGGAAAAAGUCAGUAUUAACAAGUCCUCUAUAUUUUUCUCUCCGAAUGUGAAGGCUGAUUUGAAAGCAAGGAUAAAAGCCAUCACGGGAAUGAAGAUGAGUAGUGAGAUUGGAAGAUAUCUAGGAUUUCCCAUGUCUAAUACACGGAAAACUAUAGAAAAGUUUCAAUACAUAGUGGACCGUGUAAAAUCUAAGCUAGCGAUGUGGAAAGCUAACUGUUUAUCUACAGCUGGAAGAAUAACCCUUGCCCGAUCUGUGUUGUCCUCAAUUCCUCUCUACCCUAUGCAGGUUGCUAAAGUUCCAAAUAGCAUAUGCAAGGAAGUGGAGAGAUUGCAAAGAAAUUUUAUAUGGGGUAGGAGUUCUAAUAGUCAUGGUUAUCAUCCUGUGAAAUGGGAGAGGAUUACUUUACCUAAGGACUAUGGCGGUCUAGGUUUCAAAAAACUCGCCUCCUUCAAUCGUGCUUGUGGAACUAAACUUGCUUGGCAACUAAUUAGUAGGAACAAAAGUUUAUGGGCGGAGGUACUUACUCAGAAGUACAUGUUGAGAAAUGAGAACAAUCUUCUUGCUGCUUCUAACGGUGACUCUGUGGUUUGGAAGUUCAUAUGUCAACAAAAGGAUGUGGUUGAGAAAGGGACAAAGUGGCAGCUUUGGAUUUUGAGGAAUAAUUUCCUUUUCAAUCCUAGCUUUACGAAGCCUAGUGAUCCUGCAAAGGUUAAUGUUGAUGGUGCUAUGUCAAGCACUAACAAUAGAGCUAGCUGUGGUGGGGUCAUAAGGGAUCAUGUAGGUAAUUGGGUAGCAGGGUUUACACAUUUUCUGGGAAGUUGCAGUGCAUAUGAAGCUGAAGCCUGGGCAAUCUGGAAAGGGCUACAAUUAGCUUGGGAUAUGGGCUUUAAGAAGGUUAUUCUAGAAUCUGAUGCUAAGGCUGUUAUUGAUGAUUUAAAAGACAUCUCACGGAACAAUAAGGACAGUCUUCUUAUCUUGCAAAUUCGAUCUAUGCUGAGUUUUGAUUGGGAGGUACAGGUUACACAUAUAUCGAGAACACAGAAUUGUGUAGCAGAUGCUUUAGCUAAAGAAGAUCUACAUUCCUCUUCUUUACUUGUUGUGACUACACCUUAUUUAAGGGGCCUUGUUUCUAGAGAGUCCCUAGGAUCUCAUCCCUCUUCUAUUUAA